AUGGCCUCCACCGUGCACUGCCUGUUCUGCUUCGAGGCUCUGGCUGCCAAUCUCGAGAAACGCGAGCUCAUGUCUCUAGUCGAGGUGCAAAAGUCGUGGACCGAGUACAACCGCUCCGACACGCGCUUCAACCCCGUGCGCGCCGCCGAGCUGCCCUCGCUGGCCGUCGCCGUCACCCUGCUGACCGACUUUGAGGACGCCGCCGACGCCGCCGACUGGGAGCUCGGCGUCCACGGCCUGCGCAUCUCGUUUCGCUAUAACGGGCGCCGGUAUGGCGCGACCUACUUGCCGGAUGUGGCGGUGGAGCAGGGGUGGACCAAGGAGGAGACGCUGGUUAGCCUGAUGCGCAAGGCGGGUUGGAUGGGCAGGAAGGAUAGGUGGGAGGAGGUUGAGCUGAGUGUUGUGCGCUACCAGGGGAGGAAGGUGGGCUUGGAGUAUGCCGAGUUUAAGCAGUGGCGGGAUUGGGUGGAUGGGACUGAGGCGUGA